AUGGAGUCGACUGCUCUGAAUGAAAGAAUGGCUCGAUGGCAAAUUUUGCUGUCUGAAUUUCAUAUAGUCUAUGUGAACCAGAAAGCACUAAAAGGGAGUGCAAUAGCGGACUUUCUGGCCAGUAGAGCACUGGAAGAUUACGAGCCACUAAACUUUAAUUUCCUAAAUGAGGAUUUGAUGUAUGUCGCAACUACAGAAAAAGACUUUCAAGAGGACAGUCCUUGGAAGUUGAAUUUUGAUGAAGCAUCGAAUGCUGUGGGUAAUGGGAUUGGGGCAGUCUUGGUAUCUCCCGAUGGUGAUCAUUACUCAUUCACUAGAAAAUUAGAUUUUGAUUGCACAAAUAACAUGGCGGAGUAUGAAGCAUACAUUAUGGGAAUUCGUGCGGCUAUUGAACGCAAAAUUAAAGUGUUAGAGGUGUAUGGGGAUUCUGCAUUGGUAAUUUAUCAACUCAAAGGCGAAUGUGAGACAAGAGACUCCAAGUUGAUUAACUAUCGAAAGCUGGUCAUUGAAUUAAUUGAGGAGUUUGAUGACAUUACCUUCUGUUAUCUCCCACGGGAUGAAAAUCAGAUAGCCGACGCAUUGGCUACAUUAGCCUUUAUGAUCAAGGUGAAUAAACAGAAGGAUGUGAAGCCUAUCCAGAUGAGCAUUUAUGAGGCUUCAGCCUAUUGUUACAACAUUGACGAUGAAGAAGAGAAGGAUGGUCACCCCUGGUAUCACGACAUACUGUGA